AUGAUAUGCAGCCUCCUUCGGGGUGGAAUCGCUGAACGUGGUGGUAUUCGAGUGGACCACCGAAUCAUCGAAAUCAACGGCCAAAGUGUCGUCGCUGUCUCACAUGAAAAAAUAGUUCAGCUUUUGUCUAGCUCUGUUGGCGAGAUUCACAUUCGCACAAUGCCUACCUCCGUAUUCCGCCUGCUUACUGGACAAGAAACACCCUGCUAUAUUUAAUGAUUACUUAGCUGCUUCUUCAUCCUUCCUGUGUGUACAGUACCGUCACCUACGUCAUGGUGUUUUCCUACAUAUGUUUUUAUUUCAAAACGUUUUCGAUCUUCAUCCGUCAUCUUCAUCUCCUAUUUUCGUGCUUUUAUUUUUGAUCUUCGUACAACCCCCAUUCCCCCACCU